AUGGAGGUCACCAACUGCUUCCCUUUCCCCGGCCGCAAUAACUCGCGUGACCAGAAGUCCGCCGAUGAAGAGGAUCAGGAAGGUGCCGAAUACCAGAUUGAAAUGAUGCGCAAUUUGCGGGAUGUAAAUGUCGACAACAACACCGUAGGAUGGUACCAGUCCACCUUUAUGGGAUCGUUCAUCUCACCAUCUAUGAUCGAGACCCAGUUUGCAUACCAAGAGAAUAUUCACAAGUCCAUCAUGAUCGUAUACGACCCCCACCGUUCGGGCCAGGGAGUGCUAUCGCUCAAGGCUUUCCGCAUGAGCGCCUCAUUCUUCAAGCUGUACAAGUCCAGAGAGUUUAACACCGCUGCUAUCAAGAAGCACGGUCUCAAAUACGAGCAGAUCUUCGAGGAGAUCCCUAUCAAGGUACAUAACUCUGCGCUAUCCCAAGCACUUCUAUACGAGCUGGACGAUACACAGUAUCUUCCGGAUAUGUACGACCGACUGGACCUCACCAUAGACCCCUAUCUGGAGAAGGAGUUGGAGUGUAUGCUGGAUUGUGCUGAUGGCCUGUCCACUGAGCAAGGCAAAUAUAUGUUCGCGCUGCGAAAAGAUCUACAAUUCCAGAGCAUGCUUCAGAAGAGGAGGGCUGAGAACGAGAUUCGCAAGCAACAGGGCAGAGAGGUGCUUCCCGUGGAUGAUAUCCAGGAUGCGAUCAAACCCGUGCCCGUGCCCCCACUGUUUGAGUCCAUGGUGCUCACCAACCAAAUGAAUACCUACUGUGGACAGAUCAAUGAGCUGUCGAACCAGGCCUCUAACAAGCUGCACUUCUGCAAAAGUCUUCAGAAGCGCAAGGAAUAA